GUGGGUAGGUCAGGAAGCGCCUGUGGUGUGGAGGACGCCAUGUGCUUUUGCUAGAGCCGGACUGUCAGUCAAUUGCUCGCCGAGAGAGUGAGUCGUUUCUCGGACACUGUCCGCUCGUCCAGUCGCCUUCUUUGACCGCAGAGCUCCGGGUCACGAUGUACUGCAGCAGACACUGCGUCCGGCUUGCGCUUCGGGCCGCUGUCAACACUCACCGACACAGUGUACAGAGGACAGCACCAUGUGCCCAGCGAACACUUAAGACCAGCGCUGUCAGUCCGGUCGAUGCCAUUGCAACACCACAUCUAGAUGGGUUGCCUAAAGAAUACUCGCCCAAAAUCCAGCAGCUCGUCAAUGACAUCGCCAGCCUCACGCUCCUAGAAGUGUCCGAUCUCAACGAAUUACUGAAGAAAACUCUGAACAUUCAGGAUGUUGGAAUGAUGUCUAUGGGCUCAAUGGCAGCAAUGCCAGCGGCACCUGCUGCUGAGGCAGAGGAUGAGGCGGCACCUGCAAAGAAAGAGAAAACCCAUUUUACAAUAAAACUGACAGAAUUCAAGGCGACUGAUAAAGUGAAGUUGAUUAAAGAAGUGAAGAACUGCACGGAAGGGAUAAAUCUUGUACAGGCCAAGAAGCUUGUGGAAUCUCUACCUCAGGAGAUCCGAACAAAUGUCUCUAAAGACGAGGCGGAAAAACUGAAAUCAGCACUUGAAGCAGCAGGAGGCACUGUGGUGCUGGAGUGAAUAUCUGCGUUACUACUUCACGUGUUACCUGUCAGUCAUCGUUUUGUUUUGUUUUUUUACAUAAAAUAAUUAAAAGAAUUCGAAGAAAACAAAUAACGCCUUUAAAAUGAUCACUUGGUCCACAAGAGAUUGUCUGGAUGAUGAAGUCAGAAUGAACUCUGUCAGGCUCUGAUCCUGCAAACAGCAGCCGUCACUGACUUGUCCAUUAAGCUUUUAGCUACAUGUGUAAUGGGCUGAAUAGACAGUGAUGGUCUGUGUCUCUGAAGCUUGGUCUAUCUGAAAUCUACCCUGAAAAUAGGUAGUGAUGCUUAUUACUUGUGGUUAAAUAAACUUGUUAUACUGUA